CUUGAAGAAGAGCAUUUGUUGUAUUUGUCUUUGAUAUUCUUUUACUUAUAACCACUUAGUAUAUAUUAUCAGCACUAUGGCAGCAGCUUCGGCAUCUUCCGGAUUUAUCCAAAGCACACCGCAGUUGCGGAACCAAUUCACCUCUGAUCCAAGUCUCCAGCGAAUAUUUACCAAUCGUCUACCGAAAGAAGUCUCAGAAGAUGUUCUUUCUGACCUACACGACUUCGGCCAGUAUGUCGUGUCUGACGAGAUCUUUGACUAUGUUCAAGAUGCCGAGAGCAAUCCACCUACGGUCGAGACGUAUGAUGCUUUCGGAAACAGAGUGAACAGAUUAAGAACAUCCUAUGGUUGGAAGAAGGAAAAAGAUCUAGCUGCAUCGCAUGGAAUCAUCGCAGCAGCAUAUGAGCGAAAAUACGGUCAAGACAGUCGAGUAUACCAGUUUCUUAAGUACUAUCUAUACGCACCCUCGUCCGCUUUGUUCACAUGUCCUCUGGCAAUGACCGACGGUUGUGCCCGAGUACUGGAGAUCUACGGCGUCAGGCGCGAUGUCUUUGACCACCUGACAAGCCGCGAUCCAUCAAACUUCUGGACCUCAGGUCAGUGGAUGACUGAGAGAUCUGGCGGCUCAGAUGUCUCCGGAACGGAAACGUACGCUACCAAGCUACCGGGAACUGAAAACAAGUACGAAGUCAGUGGUUUCAAAUGGUUUUCAUCUGCCACAGACUCGCAAGUAGCCCUUCUUUUGGCUCGGGAACACGAGAAGGGUAAACUGAGUUGCUUCCUGGGUGAUAUCAAAUCCGGAGGUGCAAAUAUAGUACGGCUGAAGAACAAACUUGGCACAAAACCUUUACCAACAGCUGAACUGGAACUACGCAAUCUGAAAGCGGAGUUGAUUGGCGAUCGCGAAAGAGGUGUUGCAGUGAUUUCAGCGGUAUUGAACAUUACUCGAAUUCAUAAUAGUGUUAAUGCUGCGGCUUUCCUACGCCGUAGCUUGGAGAUUGUCAAGGAAUUUUCCUUAGUUCGCAAAGUAUUUGGUCAGCCUUUGCAUACAGUAGCUUCGCAUGUGCACACAUUGGCCGAUCUCGAGGUUCGUCAGAAUGCUCUCAUGCAAAUCACCUUCCGUUGUGUUGCACUUCUCGGGAAAUCAGAGUGCGGCAGUGCUUCAGCAGACGAGCUGUUUUUAAUGAGGUGCCUGCCUUCGCUUGUAAAAGCAUAUACUGGAAAGCGCGCCCUUGCUGGAGUUUCAGAGUGCAUGGAAGCGAUGGGCGGUGUUGGGUAUCUCGAAAAUGAGCCUGCGCUGAACAUUGCUCGCUUGGAGCGCGACGCCCAGGUGCUGACUAUUUGGGAGGGCACGACAAACGUAUUGUGCGACGAUUUCGUCAGUGUUGUCCAUGCAAAGGCACAGCACUCGGUGUCUGCAUUCCGCAGAUUCUUAGAAAAAACACUACAGAACAGCGACCGAUCACUUUCAGAACAGAUCUUAGGAUCCUUUGAAGUAUGGGCAAAGUAUAUCCAAGGCAGUACACUAGCAAGCCUGCGCUCGCGCGGUCGAGCUGUGGGUUUCUACUUUGCAGAUAUCGUAUCUGCUGCACUAUUAAGCGAAGAUGCAGCGUUUGACAAUGAUCCUCGAGCUGUGGAAAUAGCUAGGCGGUAUGCCGCUCGUCUGUCGGGAAGCGACCCGCUAGCCAAGUUUUCAGAGAACUCUGCGAGCGACUAUAAUACGGCUGCGGUUUUCCACAACGAUUAUCUCAUUGUCUUUGGAAAACCGCCAGAGAAGGAUCCGCGAAGCAAGCUGUGAGGGUGUUUAAACUUUAACUUAUCGGAGGAGCCUAAUCGGCCGGGGUAGAAUACCAAUGAACACGCCUGCAAAAACAACAACGCUCAAUUAAUAUUGAAGUUUUCUCAAUAAGAAAUGCAAUUGUAAAACAUACAAUCAAUAACAAAGAACAGCAAGCCUCCUGACUGCCCCAGACCGACCGAGCAGACAAAAGAGCCGGCAAAAGAUAAGGCUGCUUAUCGGAUC